UAAUAUUCCAGUUUUUUAUUUUUGAGCAGCUUUAAUUGGUUCAGAUCCGGAAGCAGGCCAAGCUACCACGCAGCUAAUUUGCGAUGUUUGUGAAAAAUCAAUGAGCCCAGAUCAACUGGACUCAAAUCCUGAAUAUUGGAACCAGAUAUUUUGCUCCACUCAUAUGGACGACGGGACUCCUAUAUGUCGUGCCUGCCAUAGAUUGAAGGCAAGUCAUGUAACAUAUAUAGAGUUAGGUGAUGGUCGGGAAAUUUGCCAAGAUUGUUGUGGUAGUGCUAUCUUGGAUACUAAAAGCUUUGAAUCUCUUGUAAGAAAAUGCCAUGAAUUCUAUAAAUCAAUGAACAUGGAAAUCGACAACGAUAUUCCAUUUUUCUUGGUCGAUUCUUCAGAAAUGGCAAAACUUACCAUCCAGAUUGACCAAGACAACCCAUUCGAGACUACUUAUCAAGGGAAUUGGGGAAUCAUCAUACAUGAACAGCGACCUGUCGUCAAUAUUAUUACCAGCUCUUCAAGGAUAGGUAACAGAAUGACAGUCAUAAAAAAGCCUUCAGAACCAAAUAAUGGAAGCAUGCUAAGUAUAGCAGUUUUGUUCGGGUUUACAGAGGCUUUGACAGGGGCAAUCUUGGUACAUGAGAUGAUGCAUGUAUGGUUACGACUUCAAGAUAUUGAACCAUUGGAGCUAAAAUUGGAGGAAGGAAUAUGUCAAGUAAUAUCUCGGAGAUGGUUGGAUUGGUAUGAAUCCAAUGUAGUUGAAACCGACACGGAAACAACUAAACAAAGUGAUAGUAAAAGAGGUGAGUUUCUGAGAAACUUGUUGAGAAUCUACAAACUGACGUUAGAGUUGGAUUCGUCUUUCGAUUAUGGUGAAGGCUUUAGAGAAGCUCAGCGUGCUACUUCCCAAUUUGGUCUUCAAUCAACAAUCCAAUAUAUUAUCACCAAUGAACGUCUUCCACUUUAAAUCAUUCAUGCCUACAUUUUUUUUUUGUAGUUCAAUUAUUACAAACAUAUGUAUCUCAUAGUUAUUUUUAAUUGAA